CUUACUAAAUAAUUCAUACAUUAUUUUUUUGAGUAAAUAUCAUAACUUUUUCCUACAUGUUCUAACUGCUUUUUAUAUCUAGAUUUAUGAACAAUCGUGCACCAUCUAAUAAGAGAUACCAGCCAACAGAAUAUGAGCAUGCUGCUAACUGUGCUACACAUGCACUAUGGAUCAUUCCCAGCAUUGUGGGCGGGGUCUUGUUGUACUUCUUGUCUGAUGACCAUUGGGAGGAGAUUUCAGCAUGGCUUUACGGGACGGGGCUAUCAAGCCUUUUCAUCAUAUCCACAGUGUUCCAUACUGUCUCCUGGAAAAAGAGCCAUCUCCGAUCGGUUGAACACUGCUUCCACAUGUGCGACAGAAUGGUGAUCUAUUUCUUCAUCGCUGCAUCUUACACACCUUGGCUGACACUGCGGGAGCUUGAUCCAUUGGCUGCCCACAUGCGUUGGGUUGUCUGGGUUAUGGCCUCUGGAGGAACUGGCUAUGUAUUCUUCUUUCAUGAGAGGUUUAAAGUUGUAGAGCUGAUCUGUUACAUAGCAAUGGGUGUGUUUCCUGCCCUUGUCAUCCUCUCUAUGGCAGACAGGUCAGGUCUGUGUGAGCUGUUAGUUGGUGGUGGAUGUUACGUGUUAGGCAUGGUGUUUUUUAAAAGCGAUGGAAUAGUUCCCUUUGCUCACGCUAUAUGGCACCUCUUUGUUGCCAUGGGAGCGGGCAUCCAUUACUACGCCAUCUGGAAAUACCUGUACACACCUGUCAAUCAACAAACUAGUAUGGCCCGGUGACACACACAUGCAUACACCCACCAACAAAAUUAUUGUAUAUUUUCCAGUUGAAACUAAAGUGCUACAAGUUUUAUUUAAAAUUACAGAUAAAGGUUUUUUGUCUGUUCUUUUUGCUAGCCAACAGUUUGACCAAUUUAAUUGGUCAAAUAACUAGCACAUACAAAAAAUAUUAACACUUUGUGAGACUACAGAAAGCAAGGGUCAUUUUAGACCGGAUGCCAUGUGCAAUUCAGAGGAUCCAGAGCACGAAGGUUUCUGGAAAAUUCUUUGGAAUUAUUAAAUAAAAGUUUACAAUUUUGUAUAGGUACUACUGAGAAAAUGUAAAAUCACUGCCAGAUAUUUGUAAAAGCACUGUAGAGACUACAGUUUAAAUGAAUAUUCCAGAUUCAAUACAAGAAAGUUUAGCUCAUCCGACAGCAUUUGUGACAGUGUUGAUUACCACAAGAAUACAUUUUGACUUCUCCCUCCUUUAAGAAAAAGCAAAAAUCUGGGUUCCAGUGAGGCACUUACAGUUGAAGAAAAUGGGGCCAAUCCGUAAACGUUAAAAUACUCACUUUUUCAAAGAGUAUAGCCACAAGACAUAAACAAUAUGCGUGCUAAUAUGAUUUUAGUGUUAUACAAUCGCUUACUAACCUUUUCUGUGUUAAAUUAUAGCCAAUUUUACAACCUUGUUGCCAUGACGAUGUAACGUCAACAAACCCCAAACCCUAAAACGACUGUAAAACGAUGAUUUAAACAACUUUACAGCUCAAAUAAUACAUGAUUUUUAAAGAAGAAUGAAUGUAAGUGCUUUUAUAAAAUUCUAAGCUUCACAUUUCUGCCUUUAAACCCUCCAAAAAUUGGCCCCAUUCACUUCCAUUGUAAGUGUCUUAAUCUAACCUCGAUUCUCGCUUUUUUUCUGUUUUUUUUUUAAAGAAAAUGACGGACGAGUCGAAACUAGUUUUUGUGGUAAUCAACAUUAUGCCACAAAUGCUGUCGAUUGAGCUUAAUUUCUAUUGAUCCUAGAAUAUUUGUUUAAGGGUAUUUCUGUAGUAUUUUUAAACUUGGGAUUGUUCUGCUUAUUUUCUGCCACUGCCAAUGGGGGGGAUAUUUUUACUUCUGUCCACAACAGAAAAAGGAAUACAUUUUAUAUUACUGUAAAACGCGAACAGUAUCAAAACUCUAGGCUUUAACUGGCUUUAGUUUUAGUGUAAUAGUGUAUUGAGUGAAAUACAUUGUUACAUUUCUGGAUGUGUUAUGUCUUUGGGAAAUGCCACAAGUGCUUGAUGACAAUGUCCAGGCAAAUCUUUGCCCAGACAGCUUGUCUGAUCUCAUGGUAUCAUUGCUUUUCAACCCAUACCGUAUUAAACUGCUCAUUAUUGUGUAUGAGGAGACUUCAUUUUACUGUGUUCAAAAAGCUGAUAACAAAAAGUGUUUUUUAUUUAUCCUAUCAGACUGGUGAUUAUGUGUUAUGGAUGAUUAUGUAUAAUUGCUCUUAUAUGGUAUGGGUUAAAAAACACAGAUCCACUGAAAAUUGUCAGCUAUUUGCCUUCAUCAUUUAAUGGUUUUACGAACAGGAGUAGAAAGGAGAUUUUGAGAGAAUACUGAUCAUGUCUUCAUUUAUGAUUAACCUCUUUGAAACUAAUUUGAUUAUAUUAGUCAUUAAAGGACUAGUUCACUCAAAAAUGAACAUUCUGUCAACAUUAACUCACCCGCGUGUCAUUCCAGACCCAUAUUUGUUCUCUGUGGAACACAAAAUGGGAUGUUUAGCAGAAUGUUCAGGCUGUUCUUUUCCAUUGAAUAAAAGUGGAUGGGGACUGGAGCUGUUAAGCUCCAAAAAUGACCAAUAAAGCUAAAUAAAAGAAACAUACAAUAAGUAUAUCUUCUUUUGUGUUCCACAGAAAAAAAGAAAAUCAUAUGGGUUUGGAAUGACAACAGUGUGAGUAUAUGAUAUUUUAAUUUAACCUCCUGAGACCUGAGUGUGACUGCUGUGUGCAUUUUUCAUUCUGUCUGCACUGGUCUCAGAACAGUUUCAAAUGCACCUUUUUUUCAUCCUUACUCCGUAUACAGCCUCUGAAAGCAAAAUUUUCCAGCUUUCUGAUGCAUCCAUUGAUUCUCAAAGUGAUAAUGCACAGUGAAUAUAGGAUAUUUUAAGGAAAAAGAGCCUGUUGUCCACGUACGUGGAAAUCGUGUUUAACAGCGUGGCAAUUUCACGAUAAAUCGAUUACAUUUUUAAAAUGGCAUAUCCGAUGAAACUAGAGAUUAUUAUCUUUUGACUCAAACAGGUUUCAAUGUAAAAAGGUAAUUAGGAUUCUUUCCAGAUGUAGUUUUAUUGCCGUUUCUCCCAAAGACAAACUCAGCUGAGAUUUGAGCCGUUGUUUUGUCACAUGACUUGGUGCAUAAAAGUUGAACCCUUUAAUGACAGUCUAGAGUCUCCUGAACUGAGAUCAGUCAGUUUAAAUGAAAUUAAAUUAUGCAUAGUCGAUAGCGAAGCCAAUGUGUAAUGUCCACGCAUGUGGACGUGGGGUCUCAGGAGAUUAAAUUCUUGGGUGAACUGUCCUUUUAUGUUGGAUGGGGUGGAACCUUACUCCUAGAGAGCUAUAAUCCACAUUUAUCACAAUUCUAUGAUAAAAUGGGUUUUAGUGCCAUCUCAGCUUCAUCAUUGGUUUACUACUGCUCAACAGUGAAAUUUUGUCCAUUAGCCAUCUGUUAUUGGACCGAUCAGCCAAAGCUUUUGCUCUCUGGGUUACCUCAACAUUUCUCAAACAUUCCAUUUUGUUGUGCUCUUUAAGGCCAUACAUGUUUCAAUAGCUGUUUAACCAUUAAAUACACUUUUUUUUUUUUUUUUUUUUUGUAGUUUAAUUGUAGUUAACUUGUAACUUUAA